AAAACAGCUGUUUCCAGUUAGUGUUGGAAAGUGCGCGAAAAUAGAAAGAAACAGAAGAAAAUAGCACAAGACAAGAGUCAAAAAGACAGGUGUAUAUUAUAUAUUUACACACAUAUAUCGUCGUGAUCCUGCACCUGAUCCUCAACAGCAGCCGAUUGUUCCGCCCGCGACUGUGAAGUGAAGUUGAACAAAUGUGAAAAGUGGCGUCGCCAGACGCAGCAGCAGGCGGAGCCCCAGAAUCCAUUGAGUUGCACCCCCGCAAACAAGAAAUUCUGGACCAUGGGCACCAAGGAGUCCAAGCACUCCAAUAGCGUCAGCUACGAGGAUUCGGUGAAGCGCGUAAGCGACGUGGAGCUUCGCCGCCUGAGAGAUGCCUUCAAAAAGUCAGCGGGCGUGGGCAGAAACUUCCUCAGUCGGAAUGCCUUUCAGCAGGAUGUGCUGUGCGAGGGAGUGCCGCCAAAGAUCGUGGACAUGUUAUAUGCCGCCUGUGGUGGCACCCAGCGUGGCAUCUCCUUCAACGACCUGCUCUGCGGUCUGGUCCUGAUAACUCGUGGUACCCAAGCGGAGAAAACCAAAUUCCUGUGGAACCUCUACUGCAACGAUGCCGGCACCUUCAUCAUCAAGUCGGACUAUGUGCGCAACGUCAAUCUGGCUCCCUUCGAGAGCGUCUCCCUAUUCGCGCAAAGCGAACGUGUCAAUUUCGAGCAGUUCCAGGACUGGAUCAUAAAGCAUCGCAAUGCCACGGUCCUCUCCAAAUGGCUGCUGUCCGACAACUGUGUUAGCCUCACUUCGGAGCUGGAGACGCCAACGUUCUACCAGAGCCUCGCUGGAGUGACGCAUCUUGAGGAGAAGGACAUUGGGGAUUUGGAAAAGGAGUUUUGGCGUUUGAAAAACACUUCCCAAAAUGGCCAAAUCGACUUGCAGUUCCUGGGACCGCUGAUCAGCCCACCCAUACCAAAGAAUGCUCUAGCAGGUCUAUUCAACGCCUUUGAUGAGAACCGGGACGGACACAUCGACUUUAAGGAGUUGUGUUGCGGAGUAAGUGCCGCCUGCCGAGGACCGGGUGUGGAAAGGACACGAUUUUGCUUCAAAAUCUUCGAUGUGGAUCGGGAUGGCGUUCUUAGUCACGAGGAAACACUGCAGAUGAUCAAUGUUCUGCUAUUAGUGGCCAAGGAAAAUCGGGAGUCCCAGCAAUACAAGGAUCUCACCAAACAGCUGGUGAUAAGUGAUCUACUGGAGUUUGGACAGAGAAGAAGUCCGGAUGGAACGCCUAGUAAGCUAACCCGAGACAAUGUCUCGCUGACCGCUGAGGAUUUUAUGCUGUGGACCGUACAGUGUGAUCUGAGACUUAUGCAGCCCUUGCUGGACCUCAUCUUCGAGCUUUGCCACAUCGUCUUUGGCCUGUGGCCCCAGUGCAAGCACAUGGAGAACGAUAUUGUCCGGGGAUGGUUGCGACGGGAGGAGCGCAGGCCGUACCGCGUGGGACAGUUUUGGUACUUGAUCACGCAUGACUGGUGGCUCAGUUGGAUGCAAUACACUCAGCACACGGCGCACACCUGCGAUUAUUGCAAACGCACAGCCAGUCAGCGGACAGCUGUUGAUGAGGCACUCGUCUGCGAUGAGAGCUUCAACACCCACAGCCUGGAACAGCACGAUAGCUACUCCCUGGGUUCCGGCACGGGAUCGGCUUCCGGUUCCGGGUCCGCAAGCAGUGGCAUCUCAGCUGGACGGCAUUGCGGACCUGUGCGACCAGGGCCUAUUGACAACAGCAAUCUGAUCACCGCCAAUCCGUUCCGGAAUGUUCGAACUCUCACCGGCGAGGGUGGUCACCUCAAGCGGGACACACCGCUGGUGCAGAACCACGACUUUGAACUGGUGCCCAAGUCACUGUGGAAGGCAUUGAAUCGAUGGUAUGGCGACAACCUUCCACUGCCACGACAGGUCAUCCAACCACCCAACUCUGAUGUGGAACUGGAGCUAUACCCGCUGAACCUGCGAAUCCUGCUCCACCAGGCGCAGCCAACCCAGACAGGCGUAGGCGGAGGCACUCAACUUGGUAGCUGGGGCUCCACGGUGAGCGGUGGCUACGGAGUGCUGGCCUCCGGAGGCGGAUAUGCCGCCAUCGCAGCGAGCAGUGUACUCCAACCGCCGAAGCGAUACUUGGCCUACACGGCCGCCUUCAGCCGACUGGCCACGGUGCGCCAGGUGGGCGAGUUUUUGUGCGAGCAACUGCGUCUUAAGUCGGAGGAUAUCCGGCUGUGGCACGUUCCACAGCUGGACAACGGUGCCAUAUUGCUAGAAGAGGAUGCCAUGUGCCUGAAAGAGCUGCUCAUUCGGGACAAUGACCAGCUGUUGCUGGAAAUCCGCAACAAAGAUUUGACCUGGCCGGAGGAACUUGGCUCCUUGGCCACCGCUCAAUGUGGCCAGGGUGCGGGAACACCGGGCGACCGGCGUCGCUUAACCCGCAGUUCAAUUAUGUCGGUUCAUGCGCCCGGAGCCACAGGCCUGCACAACCUGGGCAACACCUGCUUCAUGAACGCCGCUCUCCAGGUCCUGUUUAAUACCCAACCACUGGCACAAUACUUUCAGCGAGAGAUGCACCGCUUCGAGGUGAACGCGGCCAACAAACUGGGCACAAAGGGCCAGCUAGCCAUGCGCUAUGCGGAGCUGCUCAAGGAGGUUUGGACGGCCACGACUAGAUCUGUGGCGCCGCUCAAGCUACGCUUUUGCGUCAACAAGUAUGCGCCGCAGUUCGCCGGUGGAGGUCAGCACGAUUCCCAGGAGCUGCUCGAGUGGUUGUUGGACGCUCUGCAUGAAGACCUGAACCGGGUGAUGGAGAAGCCGUACAGCGAACUAAAGGACUCGAAUGGGCGCCCAGACAAAAUAGUGGCCGCCGAGGCGUGGUCCCAGCACCACGCCCGAAACCAGUCAAUUAUCAUUGAUCUGUUCUACGGGCAGUUGAAAUCCAAGGUCAGCUGUCUGGGUUGUGGACACGAAUCGGUGCGAUUCGAUCCGUUUAGUCUGCUCAGUUUGCCACUUCCGGUAGAGAACUAUGUCUACUUUGAGGUCUUGGUAAUUCUGUUGGAUGGAAGCGUGCCAAUCAAAUAUGGUUUUCGCCUGAACUCCGAUUGCAAGUACUCGCACCUGAAACACAAGUUGUCCACUAUGUGCUCCCUGCCGCCAAAUCUUAUGCUCGUUUGCGAGCUAUGGAACUCACAAAUACGCCAGGUGCUAAACGACGACGAGAAACUGCGGACGCAGAGUGCCAAGGAGCUGUACGUCUAUCAGCUGCCGGAACAAAGUGUGCGAACCCGAUCCAACUCAGGGCUCAGCAUGCACAUCGAGCAGGGUCUUAAGGACAUACAGCGCAGUUCCGCUCUCAUCACGAGCGCCCAGGACUCGCUGUCCUCGCUGAGCACUUUGCAGACGUCCAGCAACCGCGCCUCGUCACGAGUCCUUUGCAACGGCCACGUUUCUGGCCUGGAGGUCGAAGGCGAGGCAGAGGUGGGCACGGAUGUGUCGCAAUGCAACAGCAACAGCAAUUACAAUCCUAUCGUUAGCACUUACAGCGGAAACGGAAGCGGGGACAACCAGGUGCACGAACUGCUGCCAGAUGAGGCCGGAAAGGUAAGCCGGUGCUUUGGAAAGAGAGAGUGCAUGCCCCACAGCCUAUUUUGCUUCAAGGAGUCGCUAAUCCUGAGCUCCAGUCCGGAGAACACAUUUAUGCACGGCGCUGCCGCCCAACAGAAGCGCGUAUCGUCCGCCAAACUGCUGCACACGGAGAGUAACACCAGCUCCAUGUCCUAUACGAAUCAUUCCGGCGAAAAUUCCAUGGAGAGCUCGCUGACCGAACCCAUUCCAUUGGCGGACCUGGAGCCGGUUAGCAGCCGUAAUGGAAGUGGCAGCGAGGACUGCUCCUACCGGACGUCGCCAAACGAUUCCAGUGGCCUCAGCACGGGCCACACCCUGGGCGCCAGUUUGGACGUGGACGAGCAGGCGGAAGAGGGCAACGCGGAUGAGCACGAUCAGCCGGAUCAGAUCACUACCUCGCAGCCGGAGACCAGUAGCGGGGUAUACUCUCGUCGCUCCUCCCAGCCGCCGCACAAGGCGGGCAAGUAUUUGGUAGCCGUGCAUCGAAAGAUAACGCGGCACGACAGCUACUUCCUUUCCUACCACAAGACGAGGCCAAGUCUCUUUGGCGUUCCGCUGCUCAUUCCAAACAGCGAGGGUGGCACCCACAAGGAUCUUUACUGCGCCGUGUGGCUGCAGGUGAGCAGGCUGCUGAGCCCGUUGCCUGCCACCACGGAACAGGCAAAUCAUGCCGCCGAUUGUGAUGACAGCCUGGGCUACGAUUUCCCCUUCACGUUGCGUGCCGUCAAGGCAGAUGGACUAACCUGCGCUAUUUGUCCUUGGUCAAGCUUCUGUCGCGGAUGCGAGAUUCGCUGCAACAAUGAUUAUGUACUCCAGGGAGCCCUGCCGCCCAUCAAUGCCGCCGCCAGUAAUACAUCAACGCCAAAAAUGAAUGCUAAAUUCCCAUCGCUACCAAAUCUGGAGGCUAAACGGACGCCGGAAUACACCGCCUCCUUGUCGUACACACCGACAACCAAAUACUUUGAAGACUUUACCAUUGCCAUCGAUUGGGAUCCGACCGCCCUGCACUUGCGCUACCAAAGCACCUUGGAGCGUCUGUGGGUGGAUCACGAGACCAUUGCCAUAAGUCGGCGGGAGCAAGUGGAGCCCGUAGACCUGAAUCAUUGCCUGCGCGCCUUCACCUCCGAGGAGAAACUGGAGCAGUGGUAUCACUGCAGUCAUUGCAAGGGCAAAAAACGCGCCACCAAGAAGCUCCAGAUCUGGAAGCUACCUCCGAUAUUGAUUGUCCACUUGAAGCGGUUUAACUGCGUCAACGGCAAGUGGGUGAAGUCACAGAAAGUGGUCCACUUCCCUUUCGAUGACUUCGAUCCCACUCCGUAUCUGGCCUCAGUGCCUCAGGAGACGAUACUGCGACACAAGGAGCUGCUGGAGCUAAAGAAGGAUGCGGAAAUGACGAUGGCAACCAACGAAGUUGUUAGCGAAUUGGACGAGAUUGAUGCACCUAGUAAGGAGGAUAAGGAAGAACUCCCCAAUCAAACGGGGUCAACAAAAGCUACGGCUUCACCACCGCCCACAGGGAAUAUUCUGCGCCAGAGCAAGACCAAAAAUGCUGUCCGACGACAGCGCCUCAUCUCGACGAGUCUCACCAAAACGCCCAUCGUGGAUGGCGAGUUCGAAGACUAUCACCAGCACCGACUUAAACCAGAUGUGGAUGAGUUCGAUCCCAGAUACCGACUCUAUGCUGUUGUGUCUCACUCGGGCAUGCUGAACGGAGGUCACUACAUUUCCUAUGCAUCGAAUGCAACUGGUUCCUGGUACUGCUACAACGACAGCUCCUGCCGCGAAAUAUCCCAGAAGCCGGUCAUCGAUCCAAGUGCUGCGUAUCUGCUGUUCUACGAACGCAAGGGCCUGGACUACGAGCCGUACCUACCGAACAUCGAGGGACGGACGCUGCCCAACACCGCCAGUGUGCCACUCGAGGUGGACGAGACCGAGGGAGAGCUGAAGAAGCUGUGCUCAAUUUCCUAACUGAUGUCGUGGACAUCGCGGCUAUGAAGAUCUAUAUUUUUCCAUCUUAUGCGUUCUGUUCUAGAGGGUUUGUGUUUUGUUUCGAACCGCGUAUGUUUUGUUAUUUACUAUUCUAAGCCUAUUUUGAUUUUCAGCGAUAGUUGAUUGAUUAGCCCCUAAUUAGUUUUAGGACGAAUGAUUUUUCUUUGCCGAAAAUUGUGUAAUGCAUGUAAUAUACAAUAUUCAUAUUUAGCUUGUA